ACAGAUUGUUCAUGAAUUCUAGAGGGCACCUAGGUUGAAGCAAUGGAGAGAAUGGUACUAGUAUGCAUUUUAUUUUUAGACUGUAAAAAGACACUGAUUUCAAAGGGAAAAAAUGUUCUUUCUGAUUGCAGUGAGUAGCAGCAAAUACAGGAGAGAAACUCUUAGCCAAUUCUUAAACUUCUAAUGACAUGGUUUAUAUGAAACCUUACGGGGGGGCUGCAAGCUCCGAGCAUACAUAGCACUUCUUGACAGUAUCUGGUACUUGUUCAGGCUCCACAGAAUAUACAUUUUUAAGUUUUGUUUUACAAGCACUUUUCUUUGACGUGUUUUGAUGGAGAACAUGCACCACCAGCCUCUUUCUUGGAGGGUCUUGAAGUUUCAGUUUAUUUGCUGAAUCCGCCUUCUCAUGUCGAAUUUGCUUCACAGGAGCCGUGGAGAUGUCUCGUAAGAGCCCUUUUGCCUCCUGGCUCUGUGCUAUGCUCCACUGCUUCGGAAGUUACAUACUUGCUGAUCUCUUACUUGGAGAAUCACCUAUUGAUUACUUCAGCAAUAACUCCAGUGUCAUCCUGGCCACCGCGGUCUGGUAUUUGAUAUUCUUCUGUCCCAUGAACCUCUUCUACAAGUGUGUUAGCUUUCUGCCCAUGAAGCUCAUCUUUGUGGCAAUGAAGGAGGUGGUCAGAGUUCGCAAAAUUGCAGCUGGGGUCCACCAUGCUCAUCACCGUUACCACCACGGGUGGUUCAUCAUGAUGGCUACUGGCUGGGUCAAAGGUUCUGGUGUUGCCUUGUUGUCUAACUUUGAGCAACUGCUGCGUGGGGUCUGGAAGCCAGAAACAAACGAAGUUCUUCGUAUGUCCUUCCCUACAAAGGCUAGUCUGUACGGCACAAUCCUCUUCACUCUGCAACAAACUCAUUGGCUCCCUAUCUCCGAAGCCAACCUCAUCUUCUUUUUCACCAUGUUCAUGAUAGUUUGCAAGGUUUUCAUGACAGCAACUCACUCUCAUGCCUCACCUUUUGCUCCAGUGGAAAACUGCAUCUGCCCAGUUUUCUUUGGCUCGGUUUCCAGUGGACACAGUAGCCACCACCAUGAUCAGCACGGGGCCUCCCAUGAGGUUUCCCACCCUCCACCUCCUCCUGCAAAGUCAAAAGAGGAGCUAAAUGAAGGCACAAGGAAACGGAAAGCAAAAAAAGCUGAAUAAAAAAGCAACCACACAGUAAAUAGGCCAAGAAGAUUCUUCCAGAGCUGAGUCUCAAAAGCCACCUGUGACCUCCUUUAUCCUCCAGUCCUUCUCUCAGACUCCAGAGGAGAGGUGGAAGCCAGGACACUGCCCAACGGGUCCCUGAAUUUCAUUUGUGCUCUCUGUGCUGCUGCUUGGUCUCUGUCUCUCUAUUCUGAUCAUAUUUUCAGGGAUUUGCAGAUUUGUGCCAGGAUGCCAAGCGGGUGCCAGUUCCUAAGCUGUCAGCAAUUAUGAUGCAGCAUUUUGAGUUGAUGUAUAAUCCCUCCCUGUGUUUAUUUAUGAAUCGAGGUAAUGGUUUGUGCUCCUGUGACUCCUAAGUUCCUUUGAGUUUUCAUUGACCUUUUUGAUGGCUACCAAAACACCACAGUGGUUAGAUACAAUGUGGAAAUUGGAUUUUAUACUCAAGGAAAUUAAAUGGUCUCAUAUGAGGCUGAUGUAAUUUCUCCUAGCUCCCAUAUCUGCCAUAUCUCCAAUUAAUGUGACAUUUUAUAUGCAAUAAGGACAUCGACCCUGGUGUCCUGGCCAAACUCCGUUUCUCUCACUUAAGUUCCCUCUGAUUCUUAAUGGCCAGAACAUCCUCACUUUCUUAACGAUGUCUGUGUUUGCAAGAGCUCUGAAGCUGUGAAACGCUCCCAGUGCAAAGUAUUUGUACUGUUCUUAUUCUAAACUUGUUGCUGCACGUUGUUUAUAAUAGUGUGUCCCACCUCAAACCUGGUCAUGUUUCACCAGGGGAGAAGCACAGUUCUGCUUUGUUUGUAAUCCUGUGGGAGACAGGAAGGGUGUGUGAGUGUAAAUAAGUAUUUAUUACUAUUUAUUUGUAACUGCCAGGGCACUUCAUUAAUGGGCCUGAAACUGGCUUUCUUAAAAUGUUGCAUCUUUCUAUGGAGAAUGGGAUACUUCUAAAUACAGUCCUAAGCCCCUGGCUGGUGUGUGCUUGGAGCAGUGAUUUUCACGUGCUGAAGGACACCCCCAGCACUCACUGGAUGCAGGAAGGAACAUUUCUGAUAUUCCCAAAUUAAGACAGAAAGGCCGAAGAAGCGGAUUUCACACCAGCUGAUUACAGCUGCUUUCAAGGACUGAUAAACACACACCAGCUGAAGAUAGCAAUUAUCCUUUGUAGGUCCUUUUUGGCCAAACUAGUGCUCUGUGAGAGCAGCUUGUGCCCAGUGAGUGAAGGACACGAAAUGCCUUGCCUGCCUCAGGGAGGAGUCUUGUCAGUUCGUUCACGUUCUGCUUAGUGAAUCCUGCCUUUUAGACUAGUUUUAAGCUGUUCUUAGAACUGAUUUUGUCCUUUAAAAGUGUCAACUUAAGCACCAGAACUUGUGCUGAGGGCUUUUUAACCACCAAGGGCUGGGAUUGCUGCCAUGGAAGUGGCACAUGUUGGGACAUGGCACUGGGCAUCCCAGUCAGGAGCAUGUUGCCACCCCCAGCAGCGAGGUUUGCCGUUGCCAUCUUGCAACCGAGAACAGAAACAGGAGGAUUUAAGAAAAGCAUCUUUAUUUUUUUUUGUGCUUCCCCGUUCCAAACUGAAAUUGAUGGUUAAUUAAAAAUAAUAAUAACAAAAUAUUCUUUUCUACAAGGGGAUGAAAGCCAGUACGAAAGGUCAAAUGAUUUGUGGGUUUGGGGUUUUGACAGUGCCUUAAUUUUGUGAGUUUCCCCCCCUCUUCAGUAGAACACAGCAGUUCUGCCUGACAGCUCAACGGGCUGGUUUUGCAGAUACUGGUCUACUGAAACCUGAUGUAUCACACAAGCAUGCACAAGACUAUAAAUGUUUUAUGAGAUGUCUGAUUCAAGGGGAAUUUUGUUUUAUAAAAGCCGUCAACAAAUAAAAAUUGUGAAGUGACUCUUGACUGUCUGCUGGCACUCGA